AUGUUGUCUAAUAUGUGGGGCUCACUAACUGUAAUAGUUACUUUAUUAAGUAGCAUUAUUUCAGCAGAGUUGAUGAAUAUCCCUGAUUCUUGGGAAAAUGUCAAUUAUAAUAGAAUAAUUGAUGUUUCAAAAAGUUAUACCACAGAAAUUUUUGAAGUGAAAGUUAAAAAUAUAGGGUCAACUCCAACAAAUGAAUAUUAUUUUGCUCUUUCCAAAGAUAUAAUAGAAAAUGUAUCAGUUUUUACUGCUUCCUUAACUCAAAAUUUUCAAGAAUCUUUCUUAAACUCUUCCAUUUUAAAACAAGGUUCAAUUACUGAUGGAGGUUUCACUAUUGGUUAUUCUUUAAUUAUUUUCCCUGAUGAUAUUCAACCAAAUGAAGAAGUUACCUUCUUAGCAAAAGUUAUUUAUAAUAUUGCUGGUAAACCUUAUCCAGAACAUAUUGCUAUGGAAGAUGAACAAUUCCUUUUACUUGAAACUAAUAGAUUACCGCUUUCAAUUUAUCCAACUUCUCAAUCAAGUCUAAGAGUCAUUGGUUCCAAUUCUUUCGAAGAAAUUGAUGCUCCUGAAAAUCAACAUUUAAUUGGUCAAAAUUCUGAAAAUGGAUUUAUUUUUGAGAAUUGGGCUUCUAUUCAUGCUUUGGAAAUUGAAACUCCUUUAAAAAUAAGAUAUAGUCAUAAUUCUCCAAUUAAUAAAGUUUAUAAAUUAACUAGAGAUGUUUGGUUAUCUAAUUGGGCUAAUACUAUUCAAUUUGAAGAAUCAUAUGAAUUAACUAAUGCUGGUGCAAAAUUAAAUAAAGGUUUUUCAAGAUUCGAAUAUAUGAGAUUAGCAAGUCAAAAUAAACAAGGUCAUCAUCGUGCAAUUAUUGAACAUAUUUUACCCUCCGAUUCUUCAGAUCAUUAUUUUACUGAUUUGGUUGGUAUGGUUUCAACAGCUCGUGUUCAAAACGAUCAUUAUUUCUUAAAACCAAGAUAUCCAAUUUUUGGUGGAUGGAAUUAUAAUUUUACUGUAGGUUGGACAAAUUCUUUACCUCAAUUUUUACAUACUUCUGCUUCUGAUGUGGAAGAAUUUAAGAAUGAUAAUGUUUAUUUACUUUCGGUCCCUGCUUUGAAUGGUCCAUUAGAUACAAGUUAUGAUAUAGUAGAAUUAUCCAUUUAUUUGCCUGAAGGUGCCGUGAUUCAUGAAAUUGAUCCACCUUUCCCAUUUAUUGAUUUGUCAAUUGAUACCGUGAAAUCUUACUUAGAUUUAGGUAAUGGUCAUGUUAAGAUUACUUUAAAAUUCCAAAAUUUAGUCGAUGAAUUAUCAAUUGCCAAUGUCUUUGUUAAAUAUUCUUAUUCAACCACCGCAAUGUAUAAGAAACCAUUAUCCAUUGCUUGUUAUGUGUUUGUUGCUUUAAUCAGUUUGUUUUUCUUAAAACAAAUUGAUCUAAAAGUAACUUCUACUGUUCAUUGA